AUGCCAAGGACACCCCCCACCCCCCACCGGCCCCAGAAAAGCCUGCUCUGCAUAUUCCUCCAAGACAAGACAUCUGGAGCCGUCUUUCUGAAGCCAGGGUUAAAGUCCCUCUGCUCCCCACCCUUGUCUUCUGCCCCUGUCAAGAAGAAGCAGAACUCAGAUGAAAAGAAGAAACGGGGCAAGCUUGGAACCAAGGCGGGACAGGCCCCACUCCUUGCAGGCCCCGUACCUGCAGCAUCGCGGAGUCGGGCGGACGAGGUACGGGUUUCUUAUUCCAGGGCCGGAACAGGAGACGCUUCUUCCAGAAGCCGGCAGGCGGAGGGCAGGUCCCCGCUCCCUUCUUCCUCGGCUCGGGGCUCUUUCCCGGCUCUGGCGGGAGUUAAGCUCGCGCCGCCGCCGCAGAUCCCCCGGCCCGGCCUGCCCCGGACUCCCUGUCCCCGCCUCCGGUGGCCGUGGGGCGCCGAGGUGUGGGCUCGAGGCUGGGAGCGUUGGGGGUCGUCCGGGCCCGUGGGGCUGGAGAGGCCGGGAUCGCCCUGGGCAGGAGCGUUCAGGACGCCCGGGCGGCCGCUGGCGGCGAGGACGCGCGGGAGGGAUCCGAGCCAGGCGGGCGGCGCGUUCCCCGGUUCAGGCUUCAGAACGGCCACCCCGGGCGCGAACGGGGGCGCUGGGGCUCCCGGCAGGGCUCUGCGCCGACCCUGCACCGGGGGCACCCAGGCGGGGAGGCUAUGCCCGCCUCGGGGCACGGGGCUCCUCAGCGGUUCACCUUGGCAGCCCGGCGCCGUCGGAGUGGGCGGAGACGGCCCCGCUCAGCCACGAACGUGCAAAGGACCGAGGAGCCUCCCCCGCUGCCCACACACUCAAUCUCAGGGACACGCCUGGGGCAGCCUCCAACUUCGUCCCCUGGGCCAGCCCGACCGGACACCAGGGCCACCUUCGGUGCCAGCUGCCGUACCUCCGGGUAAAAGAGGCGCAGAGAAGUGCUUUCUAGAGAGAAACAAGGGGGCGGGGCAGCACACUGGAGAAAGGAAGGACCCCCGCCCAGGGAUGUCUGCUCAGAAGGCUGGGAUGGACAACGCUGACUCACAGAGCACAGUCUUCCUUUACCAGCCCAUAGAUUACUCAAAAAAUGGGGCCUAUAGUUCUGCAAUCCCAAUCCAAGGAUUUGUUCUCCAGCAUACACUCAUCUAAUGCUAUGAAAGAAAUAAAGGAAUCCUGAAAGAUGCCAGAGCUGGCUUAGAACUCAUCCUGCUUCCUUUUCCAAUUACCUCUCCAGCGUGUGAGCCAGUGAAGGAAGACUCAGGUAGAUCUGCCUGACAUUUGUUUGAGCUGCCGCCAGGAAAACAGUCAGAGGCAACAGGCCAAGAAGAUGACAUCAUUUGAAGUCAAGUCAAGUGUCUGAGUUCUGUGCUGACCACCUGUACUUGAAAACAGACAUGCCCAGGAGAAGCGUGAACUCAAAUUACACCUAAAAAAUUUUAGUUUAAAAUGUGCAAUUAGUCUUUCAUGUGGUGUAUUGAAUAAAUUUCAACACUUGUCUUAUAUUCGGAUUAUUUUCAAGUUGCACACCUGUGUGUAUGCGUGUGUGAGUGUGUGCAUGUGUAUGUUGGGAAGGAGUGAAAUAAAUGGCAAAGUCCCUUUUAUCACUGGCCAAAAGCCAGGCUAUAGCAUUACAGUUGGCCUAAUGAAACUAUCUUUAGUGUUUACUAACCAGUAAUUACAGAGCACUACGGAAAUGAGAGGACUGGCAAUAUUGAGUCAAAAAGGACUAAGACUUUCUAUAAAGUAUGUAAAGUAGAAUGAAAGCCACCACUUAGUAAGAAGUGUUUGAAAAGAGUUGAAGUUGCAAAGACAAAAAUGCCACUUUGUUCAGGGCACCUUGCCCCGAACUCCUUGGCCUUUUCAUCAGCUUUGUCCCUCGUGAUGCUGUCAUCUUAUCCAAGCUCAGGUGUGUCCAGAGCUCCUGAUCACCUGUGCCUGUUUUCUCUCUUUCUCUCUGUCACUGCAUCAAAUACUAUCUUCAUGAACAAGGAUGUGUGUGUGUAAUGUUUAACUCCGCAUAGUACAUCAUGUAUGUAUUUUCAAUGUGAUAUAAUUUGGAUAUGUGUACCUCUAAAUCUCAUGUCAAAUUGUAAUCCCCAGUGUUGAAGGUGGGGCCUGGAGGGAGGAAAUUGAAUCAUGGGGGUGACUUUCUCAUGAAUGGUUUAGCACCAUCCUCUUGGUGCUGUUCUUGUGAGAUCUGGUCCUUUAAAAGUGUAUGUCAGGCAGGGCACGGUAGCUCACGCCUGUAAUCCCAGCACUCUGGGAGGCUAGGGCGGGUGGAUCAUGAGGUCAGGAGUUCGAGACCAGCCUGGCCAACAUGGUGAAACCCAUCUCUACUAAAAAUACAAAUAAAUUAGCUGGGCAUGGUGGUGCAUCCUGUAAUUCCAGCUACUCAGGGAGCUGAGGCAGGAGAACCGCUUGAAUCCAGGAAGUGGAGGUUGUAGUGAGCUGAGAUCACACCAUUGCACUCCAGCCUGGGCGACAGACCAAGACUCUGUCUUGGGGGAAAAAAAAGCGUGUGUCAUCUCCCUGCUCCCUCUUGCUCUUGCUUUUACCAUCUGAUGUGCCAGAGUGCUCCCUCUUUGCCUUCUGCCAUGAUUGAGGUUCCUGAGCCACUGCCGCCACCGCCCCCCCCCCAGGAGCAUGAGCCGCUGUGCUCCCUAUAAAGCCUGCAGAACUGUCAGCCA